AUAGCUCAAACAUCUCUCAUUUCCUCAUACUUAAAAGUCUUCAUUCCUCAUUCACAUCUCUUCAAAGAGCCGAACGAUUCGAUGGGAGAGUUCGAUAAGAUAACGGCAGAGUUUGAUAAGAUAACGGCAUUGUACGAUAAGAUGGUAUCACAGUAUGAUGACAUGAUUGAGAAGUGGAGAAACAUCCAAGCAAAGCUGAAGCAAGGGAAGAAGACAACACAACAAGCUACGUCGGAGAAAGAGACCAUAGAAAUGAAACAGUCAUUAGAGGCAACAAAGGAAGACGUAAACGAGCUGACCCAAGCGGUGGUGUCGGUAGAGAAGCUUCAAUCUGAGUCGAAGGAAAACCUAUCAUUGAUUGAGGAGGAAGAGUCUCCACCUGUGAAGAAAACACAGCAAGAGGUGAUGGAGACGGUGACUUUAAAACUACCGGUAGCGAUGGUGUUACCUGCAGCGUCGCAGCUUGAAUCGAAGCAUCAAAACUCUGAAGUAAUUGCGGCACCAUACGUGGAGGUGCUAGAAGCUGCCGCAUCCGAGCUUGAGCCAAAGCAAACAAAGCCUCUAAACUCUGAAGUAAUUGCGGCACCAGUUUUGGUGGUUAAGGAGUUCGUUGAGAAUAGCCUUGACAUCAAUUAUAUUUAUAUGAUGCAAGCAACCGUCCAAGAGAUAAUGACCCACCAACAACUGCUGCAUCUCUUGACUAGGUUCUUUGUAUCAAGAGUUCCACAAUCACUAUUACCAUGUUGAUGUUUAGAAACCAUGGGUUGGACCU